AUGCUGUCCGCACUCAAGUUCGCAAAGGCCCUCCCCGCCUCAACCUUUGCCCGCUCUACCGCUCAGCGCGCCUACUCUGCCGCCGCCACCGGCGAGGCUUUGAAGAAGACCGUCCUCCACGAUUACCACGUCGAGAACGGCGGAAAGAUGGUUCCCUUUGCAGGAUGGUCGAUGCCCGUCCAGUACUCGAACCUCGGUGUCGGUGCCUCCCACAACUGGACCCGUAGCAACGCCUCUGUCUUUGAUGUCUCCCACAUGUUGGCCACCAGAAUCACCGGAAAGGACCGUGUCAAGUUCUACGAAUCCAUCACGGUCGCCGACAUUGAGAACCUCCCCGUUGGCAGCUCAACCCUCUCGGUCUUCACCAACGAGAACGGCGGCAUUAUCGACGACACCAUCAUCUGCAAACACCAGGACUCGCUCUACGUCGUCUCGAACGCCGGCUGUGCCGAUAAGGAUCUGGCCCAUAUCCGUCCUCUCCUCAAGGCCUUUCAGAACAAGGGUGGCGAUGUUGAUCUGAAGAUCAUUGAGGACCACCAGCUCAUUGCUAUUCAGGGCCCCAAGGCUGCUGCUGUUAUUGAGGAGCUUGUUGGAAAGAGCUUGCAGGAUUUCCGUUUCAUGGAUGGUCGGUUCAUGACUAUCAAGGGCAUUGAGUGCCAUGUCGCUCGUUCCGGAUACACCGGCGAGGACGGUUUCGAGAUCUCGGUCCCCAACUCGGAUGCAGUCGAGUUCACAAAGUUGUUGAUCGCCGACCCCCGCGUGGAGCUCGCAGGAUUGGGCGCCCGCGACAGUUUGCGCUUGGAGGCCGGUCUGUGCCUGUACGGCAACGACCUCGACGAGACCACAACCCCCAUCGAGGCCGGUCUCACCUGGACCAUUGGCAAGCGCCGCCGUGCCGAGGGUGGAUUCCUCGGUGCCGAGAAGAUUCAGGACCAGCUCAAGAACGGUGUCACCCGUCGUCGUAUUGGUUUGGUCGUCCAGGGUGCCCCCGCUCGUGAGGGUGCUCCUAUUUACGCCAACGGCGAGCUUGUUGGAAAGGUGACUUCUGGAUGCCCCUCGCCCUCGACCAAGAAGAACGUUGCGAUGGGUUAUGUCAAGAAUGGUGUCCACAAGUCGGGCACUGAGUUGGAGGUUGAGGUCCGUGGCCGUAAGCAGAAGGCUGUUGUUACCAAGAUGCCCUUUGUCCCUGCCGGUUACCACAAGGUCUAA